AUGGAAAAAAACGAAGUGGUAUCAACCAACUCUCCCCACGAGGAGGGAUCUGUCACUGAGGCCAACAACGGACGAUGGGCCAACUUCAAGGACUCCUUCCGACGAGCCGAUCUGAGCGAAUACGACACCGAGGGUCUUUCUGAUCUCGAAAAGGCCGCUCUGGCAACCGCUAACUCCCCUCUCAGUCGAUCCCUCAAGGGACGACAUCUCCAGAUGAUUGCCAUCGGAGGAUCCAUUGGAACUGGUCUGUUUGUUGGCAGUGGAACCACCCUGGCCACUGGAGGACCGGCAGCCAUUCUCAUCGCCUACUCCAUCAUUGGAACUAUGUUGUUUUGCACCAUGCACUCUCUGGGAGAACUGUGUGCUUGCUUCCCCGUCUCCGGCGCGUUUGCCUCUUACUCUACUCGAUUCAUCGACCCCGCCUGGGGCUUCGCCAUGGGAUGGAACUACACUCUCAACUGGUUUAUUGUGUUCCCCCUGGAGCUCGUAGCCGCAAGUCUGACGGUCAACUACUGGAAUGAAGCUAACGGAACCAACUACAAUGCUGGCUGCUGGGUCGCUAUCUUCUGGGUGCUAAUUGUCUCCAUCAAUUUUUUCGGAGUCAAGGGCUACGGAGAAGCCGAGUUUUACUUUUCGCUUAUUAAAGUCAUUGCUGUGGUCGGAUUCAUCAUUCUCGCUAUUGUUCUGACCUGUGGAGGAGGACCCAACCACGACUACAUCGGAGGCCGAUACUGGCACAACCCCGGCGCUUUCUCUGCUGGUGCCAAGGGAGUCUGUGCCGUCUUCGUGUCUGCUGCCUUUGCUUUCAACGGAACUGAGCUGGCUGGCCUGGCUGCUGCCGAGACCGCCAAUCCCCGAAAGUCCAUCCCCACUGCUACCAAGCAAGUCUUCUGGCGAAUUACCCUCUUCUAUAUUGUGUCUUUGACUCUGGUCGGCUUCCUUGUUCCCUGGGACCACCCCCAGCUGCUCAACAAGAGCUCUUCUGCUGACGCUUCCGCCUCUCCGUUCGUCAUUGCCAUCAAGGCUGCCGGCAUCAAGGGCCUUCCAUCUGUCAUGAACGUCGUCAUUAUGAUUUCCGUUCUGUCCGUCGGCAACUCCUCUAUCUUUGGUUUCUCUCGAACUAUCGCUGCUCUCGCCCAGCAAGGUCAGGCUCCUUCCUUCUUCGCUUACAUUGAUCGAAAGGGACGACCUCUGUUUGGCAUCAUCACAGUCUCGCUCUUUGGACUGUUUGCAUUCAUCUGUGCCGGUCCUAUCGAAACCCAGAACACCGUCUUCUACUGGCUCAUGGCCAUCUGUGGCCUCUCCUCCAUCUUCACAUGGGGCUCCAUCAACCUGUGCCACUUCCGAUUCCGAAUGGCCAUGAAGGUCCAGGGUCGAUCUCUCCGAGAAAUGCCUUUCUUGUCUCACGUCGGAACUAUCGGAUCCAUGUACGGCUUCCUGCUCAACGUAACCGUGCUUGGAUUGCAGUUCUGGAUCGCUCUCUUCCCCGUGGGAGGUGCCAAGCCUAAGGCUGACGUCUUCUUCCAGGCCUACCUGGCUGUACCUGUUGUCCUGGCCUUCUAUAUCUUUUUCAAGCUGUGGAAACGGCCCAGCUUCGUGGCUCUAAAGGACAUGGACCUCGACACUGGACGACGAGAAACUGACUUCGAGCUGCUCAUGCAUGAGAUGGACGAAGAGGCUGCCUACAUUGCCUCCAAGCCCUUCUACUACCGAGUUUACAAGUUCUGGUGCUAA